AUGACGAGUAUUGAGGAGAUAAUCGACGCCAAAAAUUAUACUCUGCUAUUUGAGCAGUUGGAUGGAAACAUCGCAGAUACGCUCAACUCAAUUCUCAGCUCAAACUACAACCUCAUUCAGAAGAAGUCUGUUGUUGAACAAUGUACAGAGCACCUCAUCAAAUCUGGCUUGGUGAAGAAUAUCGCUUCUGCGUGUGAUAUUCUUAGCCAUUACAGCCUCUACGAUCAUCUGAACAAUCAGCUCCAUAUCCAAGCAUCCGAUUUGUACUUCAACGCUGACGAUUUGUCGAGCGCUGCGAACGAAUUAACGAAGCUGAACUUCGAUUUACUUGAGAGUAUCGAUAGUAAGCUCGACACGUACAUCAAGAUUGUCAGACUGUAUUUGGAAGUCGAUGACUCUAUAAGUUCCGAGUCUUAUCUCAACAAGGCCGCGACAGUGAUACACACCACGACGAAUAAAUCACUUAUCCUGUCUUUCAAACUGAGUCAGGCUAGAAUUCUCGACUACAAGCGCGACUUUAUAAGAUCUGCCACUAUCUUCCAGCAACUGAGCUAUGAAGCUGAUCUCGAUUAUGAAGAUAGACUAAGUUCUCUUUCGGCUGCGAUAGUUACUGCUAUACUUGCACCAGCUGGUCCUAAACGCAGUCGCAUCCUCGCAUCACUCUACCGCGACGAAAGGAGUCGUUCUACACAACACCACAUAAUACUCGAGAAGGUAUUCCUCGAGCGAAUUUUAUCAGCAGACGACAUAGCAUCUUUUGCUGAACACCUAUCUGCACAUCAAAUAGCGCAGAUCAGCUACACGCACAAUAACGUGGACGAGCAAGGGGCAAAACAUACGCCUACGAAUGUGCUCGAACGUGCGAUGAUUGAGCAUAAUUUGUUGGCAGCUAGUAAGAUAUUCGAUAACAUCACCUUCACGCGUCUAGGUGCAUUACUCAAUUUAUCGUCCUACGGUGCUGAAACUAUUGCAUCCACUAUGAUAGUACAGUCGAGAUUAGAAGCUUAUAUUGAUCAGGUCGAUGCCGUUAUCGUGUUCACUCCUUCACAUGCUACCCACGAAGGCGACUUGGGUGGUGCGGCGCAUGUGGCUGCUGCGCAGGAAGAUGAUAGACAAUUUGAAGCUGCUUAUGCUCCACACACACAUGGGUGGGAUGCACAAAUCAAAUCGGUCGCUUCUUUGAUCGAAGCUACAGCUGCCAAGAUUGAGGAAAAGGGGUUGGUGUAG